AUGGCGUGGGCAGCGGUGUCGGGAUGGCGGCGGCUUCUGCGGCACAUCUGGGGUCCGGGCCUGGGCGGGGGGAAGAGCCCCGAGAGCGCUGGAGAGAAGAGAGCGGAGCCGGCCGAGGUUGGGGUGCCAUCCUCGGGGAUCCCUGGGGCGGGGGGAUGCAGCCCGGAGCCUGCCUGCCUCUUCCGCUUCAACGUCCUCUCCCUGGUGUACCUGCUCUUCCUGCUGCUCCUGCCCUGGUUCCCGGGGCCCACCCCGUGCUCCGCCGGAGGUCACACCGGCCGCCUCCUCAAAGCUCUGCUGGGGACCAGCAUUCUCUUCCUCCUUGCCCACUUCGUUUUCCAAAUAUGCCUGUACACGCUGCCCAUCCUGGACCAGCUGCUGGGGCCCAGCUGCAGCACCUGGGAGGUCCUUGCCCGGCACAUCGGGGUCACCAGGCUGGACUUGAGCGACAUUCCCAACUCGGUGCGUCUCGUGGCGCCCGAUGUCGGCAUCCUGCUGGUCUCGUCCCUCUGCCUGUGCCUGUGCCGCCGCCUCGUCCCCAAGGCUGGCGCUGCCGCCCGCGGCCGGAGACCGGAGUCCCUGGAGCCCCUUGAGCGGGGGGAAGAGGAGGACGUGGAGCGACACGGUGGCACGGCCGCCGGGGACACGCCACUCAGCACCAGGCUGCGGGUGACGGCCCACUGGCUGCUCUGGGCGGCCGGGAAGGGUCUGGCCAUCCUGCUGCUGGCCUUGGCCGGGAUCACCCUGCCCUCCGCCUCCUCCAGCAUCUACUACCUGCUCUUCGUGGGGCUGUGCACGUGGUGGGCCUGCCACCUCCCCGCCAGCCGCCUGGCCUUCGACAUCCUCUGCGUCCUCGUCGGCAUCUACGCCGGUGGCCACCUCCUCUGCCUCUAUGCCUACCAGGCGCCCUUCGUCCAGGGGGUCUUCCCGCCCCCCACCAUCUGGGCACGGGUGUUCGGCUUCAAGGACAUCGUCCUGUACCGCAACUGCUCCCGGCCCAACGCCCUGGUGCUCAACACCGGCCACCCCUGGCCCGUCUACGCCAACCCCGGCAUCCUGCUCCUGCUCUACUACACCAUGGCCACCCUGGUGAAGCUGCGCCGGCUGGACGCCAGGAGAACCGCGGCGCCGGCACGGCCACCGGUGAGGUGCCCAGAGAGGGAGGUGGUGGAGCUGGAGAGCUGGCCCAAGGACACUGACGGCAUGGCUGAGGACACCAAGCCCAUGCUGUCCCCCAGCACCGGGAAGCCAGGCAGCGGCACCGAGAACUGCACCGUCCAUGUCAUGGGCAACUUGCCACAGCCGGGCAGGAGGCGUCCAGCGGAGCGACUGCCCCUGCACACCCUGGGCCACGUCAUCAUGAACCAGAGCUACGUCUGCGCCCUCAUCGCCAUGAUGGUGUGGAGCAUCACCUACCACAGCUGGCUGACCUUCGUGCUGCUGCUCUGGGCAUGCCUCAUCUGGACCGUACGGAGCCGGCAUCACUUCGCCAUGCUCUGCUCGCCCUUCCUCCUCCUCUACGGCAUCGCUCUCUGCAGCCUGCAGUACGUCUGGGGCAUGGAUCUGGCCCCCGAGCUCCCCACCCGCGUCGGCUUCAUGAGCCUCGAGCAGCUGGGGUUGGUGCACCCCAAAUAUCCCUGCUUGGACCUGGGGGCCAAGCUCCUGCUCACCCUCACCUUUUGGCUGCUGCUGCGGCAGUUCGUUAAGGAGAAGCUUCUAACGAGGAGGUGUCCGGCCACCCCGCUCCUGGAGGUGACCGUCUCGGACACGGAGCCCAGCCGGCAGCGGGACGUGCUGAAGGCGCUGGGGGUGCUGGUGCGGGAUUUCUACGCCAAAUACUGGAUCUGCGUCUGUGCCGGCAUGUUCAUCGUGGUGAGCUUCGCCGGGCGCCUUGUCGUCUACAAGAUCGUCUACAUGUUCCUCUUCCUCCUCUGCCUCACCCUCUUCCAGGUGUACUACAGCCUGUGGCGCAAGGUGCUGAAGGGCUUCUGGUGGCUGGUGGUGGCAUACACCAUGCUGGUGCUCAUCGCCGUCUACACCUUCCAGUUCGAGGACUUCCCCAUGUACUGGAAGAACCUGACGGGCCUCACCGAUGAGCAGCUGGGUGACCUGGGCCUGGAGCAGUUCAGCGUCUCCGAGCUCUUCUCCAGCACCCUCAUCCCGGGCUUCUUCCUCCUGGCCUGCAUCCUCCAGCUCCAUUACUUCCACCGUCCGUUCAUGCACAUCACCGACCUGGAGCACGUCCCUGCUGCCACCCCGGCACCCUGCCACAUCCCCAGGCCUGAAGAGCUGCACGGGAGCCGGCUGCUGCGGGAUGCAGCCGCUGCUGAGAGUGCCGGGAUGGGCAACUCCGACACCGCAUCACAGGUGCCCACCAAAUGGGGGCUGGUGCUGGAGCGCCUGAUCGUGCUGGGCUGGACCUUCUCGAACACGCUGACCCGCGGGCAGGUCUUCGUGGGGCGCCUGCUGGAGCUCCAUGUCCUCAAGCUGGUGGCUCUCUACACCGUCUGGGUGGCCCUGCAGGAGGUAUCGCUGAUGAACUUCUUGCUGGUGCUGCUGUGGGCCUUCGCCAUGCCCUACUGCCGCUUCCGCCACAUGGCCUCCUGCCUCUCCACCGUCUGGACCUGCAUCAUCAUUGUCUGCAAGAUGCUCUACCAGCUCAAGAUCGUUGACCCCAGCGAGUACUCCAGCAACUGCACCCAGCCCCAGCUCAACGGCACCAACCUGAACCCGGAGGAGCUGGGCAACUCCACGCUGUACCGCGGCCCCGUGGACCCUGCCAACUGGUUUGGCAUCCGCAAGGGCUACCCCAACCUGGGCUACAUCCAGAACCACCUCCUGGUGCUGCUGUUGCUGGUGUUUGAGGCGGUGGUGUACCGGCGCCAGGAGUAUUACCGCAAGCAACACCAGCUGGUGGCCCCCGUCACCGAGACCAUCUUCGAGGACGUCUCCCGCGAGCACCUCGACCAUGGCCUCGGCAGCUGUGCCAAAUACUUUCUCAACUAUUUCUACUACAAGUUUGGCUUGGAGAUCUGUUUCCUGAUGACGGUGAACGUGAUCGGGCAGCGGAUGAACUUCAUGGUGAUCCUGCAUGGCUGCUGGCUGGUUUUCAUCCUGACACGGCGGCGGCGGGCGGCCAUCGCCCGCCUCUGGCCCAAGUACUGCCUCUUCCUCGUCAUCUUCCUCCUCUACCAGUACCUGCUGUGCGUGGGCAUGCCGCCCGCCCUCUGCGUGGACUAUCCGUGGCGCUGGAGCCGGGCUUUCCCCAUCAACUCGGCGCUCAUCAAGUGGCUCUACCUGCCCGACUUCUUUGUGGCCCCCAAAUCCACCAACCUCAUCAAUGACUUCGUGCUGCUGCUGUGCGCGGCUCAGCAGUGGCGGGGGGGUGAGGCUGAGCGCACCGAGGAGUGGCUGCGGGCGGCCGGCGAGAACACCGACCGGCUUGACCUCGUGCGGGACCCCCGCAACCCCACGCCCAACUUCAUCCACUGCCGGUCGUACCUGGACAUGGCGAAGGUGGUGGUCUUCCGCUACCUCUUCUGGUUCGUCCUGGUGGUGGUCUUCAUCACCGGGGCCACCCGCAUCAGCCUCUUCGGCCUCGGUUACCUGCUGGCUUGCUUCUACCUCCUCCUCUUCGGCACCGCCAUGCUGCGCAAGCCGGCACGGGCACGCCUCGUGCUCUGGGACUGCCUCAUCCUCUACAAUAUCACCGUCAUCAUCUCCAAAAACAUGCUGUCGCUCCUCUCCUGCGUCUUCGUGCAGCAGAUGCAGAGCAACUUCUGCUGGGUGAUCCAGCUGUUUAGCCUGGUCUGCACCGUCAAGGGCUACUACGACCCCAAGGAGAUGGGCAAGGACCAGGACUGCUCGCUGCCCGUGGAGGAGGCGGGCAUCAUCUGGGACAGCAUCUGCUUCUUCUUCCUCCUGCUCCAGCGCCGCGUCUUUCUCAGCUACUACUUCUUGCAUGUCAUGCUGGACCUCCAGGCCUCUGCCCUGCAGGCCUCCAGGGGUGUCGCGCUGUUCAAGGCCAGCAUCCUGAAGAGCAUACGCUCCCACCGGCAAGCCGAGAAGAAGUCGCUGGCCCAGCUGAAGCGGCAGAUGGAGCGGAUCCGAGCCAAGCAGGAGAAGUACCACCAGGAGCGGCUGCCCGGCGGCACCGGCGAGGGGCAGGAUGAGGGCAGGCCAGGUGAGAGCCGGGGGGGUGACUCGCCCGGCGGCCCGGCGGACCCUUCCCGGCAGAGGGAGCGGUGGUGGCGGCCAUGGUUAGACCACGCCGCAGUGCUGCAUUCAGGGGAAUACUUCCUCUUCGAGUCGGACAGCGAGGAGGAGGAGGAGGCAGUGGUGCCAGAGGAGCCACGGCCGGGCAGGCAGAGCGCCUUCCAGCUUGCCUACCAGGCCUGGGUGACCAACACCAGGACGGUGCUGCGGCAGGGGGGGCAGGAGCAGCCAGAGCCACCCGGUGCCGAGGUCGCUGCAGGAGACAGCAGAGGGAGGGAGGAGGAGUUGCAGGCACCCGAAGAGGCUGAAGGUCCGAGUAGGCGCGAAGUGACCCCCCCCGCCCUUGCCCUGGCAGAGCGGAGCAACGUGGUGCAGCGGGCGCUGAACACCCUGAGGUUCCUGUGGGUGCUGUGCCGGGCCAUGGUGGACGGGCUGACCCAGUGGCUGGACGCCUGCACCCGGGAGCACGCUGACAUGUCCACCGUGCUGCGCCUCGAGAGAUACGUCCUCACGCGCCGGUUGGCCACGGGAGAGGACAUGCACCGCGGGGUCCUGGAUGAGCUCUACCUGCCACCACCAGAGGAGCCCCCCGAGGAGCUGAGCCCACGGGGGGCCAGGGGUGCGGACCCCCAAAACGGCGUCGCUUCCAGGCAGGUGCAUAGAUACCCCCCGAGGGGGCAGCUGGCAGCGCCGCAGGCAGGGGCCGGCGGGCAGGGGGCUCACCCCUGUCCCCGUGCCGUCCCCAGCGGGCACCAAGGAGCCGCCCCCACCCCGGCGGGAUGCCCGCUGCCCACCGGCCGCCCGAAAAGCAGGCGGCUGUACUUCCCCGAGCUGGAAGAGUCGGAGCAGUUUUAUCAGUCCCACAACCGGUUCCUGAAGCUGCUGCUGGCCGGGUACCGCUGCGUGGCCGCCCACUCCGAGCUGCUCUGCUACUUCAUCAUCAUCCUCAACAACAUGGUGACCGCCUCCGUCAUCUCCCUCUUUCUGCCCAUCCUCGUCUUCCUCUGGGCCAUGCUCUCCAUUCCCCGGCCCAGCAAGCGCUUCUGGAUGACCGCCAUCAUCUUCACCGAGGUGAUGGUGGUGGUGAAAUACCUCUUCCAGUUUGGGUUCUUCCCCUGGAACGGCUACGCCAUGCUGGUACGCAACGAGGGCAAACCCUUCUUCCCGCCCCGCAUCCUGGGCUUGGAGAAGACUGACCGCUAUAUCAAGUACGACCUCAUCCAGCUCCUGGCGCUCUUCUUCCAUCGCUCCCUGCUGCUGUCCUACGGACUGUGGGACCACGAGGAGGACCCCUUCCCUAAGAAGAAGGCGGAGGCGGAGCGGGCGGAGGAUGAGGAGGAGGAGGAGAAGCGGGAGGAAGCAGCAUCCCUGCCACUGGCAGUGGGUGAGGAAGGGACGGAGGCGCUGGCAGAGCCGGGGGCACCGGGCGCAGCUGCGGGGCCAGAGCCGGAGCCGGAGGGCGAUGCCGUGGGGCAGGAAGAGGGGGCCGGGGCCACGCAGCUCCGCUUCAGGAGGAAGAGGCGGCGGGGGAAGAAGCAGCUGGAGGCGGCUCCGGAGCAAGAGGAGGAGGAAGAAGAGGCAAAACAGAGCCAUGCUCAGAAGAAGCUGAAGGCGUUUGGGCUGCGGGUCAAGCUCUUCUUCCUCACCAUGGCGCAGAACAUGUACCAGCCGGUGCGCAGGUUCUUCUGGGACAUCCUGCACACCCAGCACCGGGCGGCCACCGACGUCUACGCCUUCAUGUUCCUGGCCGACGUGGUUGACUUCAUCAUCAUCAUCUUUGGCUUCUGGGCCUUUGGGAAACACUCGGCAGCCGCUGACAUCACCUCCUCGCUGUCGGAUGACCAAGUGCCAGAGGCCUUCCUGGUCAUGCUGCUCAUCCAGUUCACCACCAUGGUCAUCGACCGCGCGCUCUACCUCCGCAAGACCGUGCUGGGCAAGCUCAUCUUCCAGGUCAUCCUGGUCUUCGGCAUCCACCUCUGGAUGUUCUUCAUCCUGCCGGCCGUCACCGAAAGGUUGUUCAGCCUCAACACAGUGGCCCAGCUCUGGUACUUUGUGAAGUGCAUCUACUUCUCACUGUCGGCCUACCAGAUCCGCUGCGGCUACCCCACCCGCAUCCUGGGCAACUUCCUCACCAAGAAAUACAACCACCUCAACCUCUUCCUCUUCCAGGGGUUUCGCCUCGUGCCCUUCCUGGUGGAGCUGCGGGCCGUCAUGGACUGGGUCUGGACGGACACCACGCUGUCCCUCUCCAACUGGAUGUGCGUGGAGGACAUCUAUGCCAACAUCUUCAUCAUCAAGUGCAGCCGUGAAACAGAGAAGAAAUACCCCCAGCCCAAGGGGCAGAAGAAGAAGAAGAUCGUGAAGUACGGCAUGGGGGGCCUCAUCAUCCUCUUCCUCGUGGCCAUCAUCUGGUUCCCGCUGCUCUUCAUGUCGCUGGUGCGCUCUGUGGUGGGCGUUGUGAACCACCCCAUCGACGUCACCGUCACCCUCAAGCUGGGGGGGUACGAGCCGCUGUUCACCAUGAGUGCCCAGCAGCAAUCCAUCCAGCCCUUCACCCCCCAGGACUACGAAGCCCUCACCAAACAGUUUGAGAGGCAACCGGUGGCCAUGCAGUUCAUCACGCUGUAUGGCUACGAGGACAUCGUGACGGCCCGCAUCGAGGGCAGCUCGGGCUCGCUCUGGAGCAUCAGCCCCCCCAGCCGGGAGCAGAUGCGGCGGGAGCUGCAGAACGGCUCCUCCGACAUCACCCUGCGCCUCACCUGGACCUUCCAGAGGGACCUGGGCAAGGGGGGGACGGUGGAGCACACCUUCGACAAGCACACCACCGACCUGCAGCCCGGCGCGCCCCAGCGCAUGGAGCUGGCCCAGCUGCUGCAGGGCACCCGCGACACCCCCGUGCAAGUGCCGAAACUCUUCCCCAAAUACAUCCGAGCGCCCAACGGCCCCGAAGCCAACCCUGUCAAGCAGCUGCUGCCAGACGGGGAGGACAGCUACCUGGACGUGGAGGUGCAGCUGAAACGGGAGCGCGCCAGCGCCGGCCGAGGGGGUGACAGCUUCUUGGAGUGGUGGGUGGUGCGGCUGAAGGAGGCCCCCCCCCGCGACGGCAACAUCCUCCCCAUGGUCAUCUUUAAUGAUAAAGUCAGCCCCCCCAGCCUGGGCUUCUUGGCUGGCUACGGGAUUAUGGGGCUGUACGUCUCCAUCGUGCUGGUGAUCGGGAAGUUCGUGCGGGGUUUCUUCAGCGAGAUCUCGCACUCCAUCAUGUUCGAGGAGCUGCCCUGCGUGGACCGCAUCCUGAAGCUGUGCCAGGACAUCUUCCUGGUGCGGGAGACGGGCGAGCUGGAGCUGGAGGAGGAGCUCUACGCCAAGCUCAUCUUCCUCUACCGCUCCCCCGAGACCAUGAUCAAGUGGACGCGGGAGAAGGAGUAA